GAAGCGAAACAUUGCGAUUCAAAUAAUGGUACAAAUAACGAGUUAAAUAAAGUUGAAAAAUCACUGAAGAAAAAUAACUUGGUUGCGAUGUUGCCAAAAUUAGAAAAAUUAUUUUUUGUCAAUUUCAAUUUUUUCAGACGGUCAUUAAAGUGUUAUUCAUUUGACUAUAGGAGAGGAUAAUGUAAAAUACGGUGAUCGAAUUCCUGGUGUUUAGAUUUAUGAACAAAAGUUGCACGUUGCUUUUGCAAUAAGUGGUAAUAAAAAUGAAUUUUUUUAUUCCAAGCCACUUUUACUGGACCAGUGGAUAGUAGUUCAAAUAGGUCAAGUGCCUGGUUUUGGAAAGAGUUUUUUAUAUAUUAAAUUAUUUUAAAAAAGUAUAUGAGUUAGAAUACUUAAACGCACAAGUAUUUACAGAUGUCAACGUAUACUCUGGAGAUUCAUGGUAUGAAGUCCAGGAUGGAUCCAUCGGAAACUUCAAUGUCUAUAUUUUCCCUGUUGCCGGAUUCUGUAAUAGUCAACAUUUUUGUUCUGUAAUCCUAAUUGUUUACAACAAAAAUGAACCUGAAACAUGAUCGUAUCUGCUUGCCAAGAUAAUAAACAUCCACAGCAAACAAACCAAGAUGUAAGAAAUUGAAAUGACAUCUUGGCCAAUAACAACCACCGUGACUGUUUUGGAGGCCCUACGCAAAGCUUUCUCCCCUACACCCGCGAGUACUAAUAAAUAGAUUCACCCGUUCUACCUACGAAUCUAUGGUUAAUGAUGGUUCAGGCAAACUGACGGAUGUUUAUGUUGUUUCGUUAAUGUGAAUAAUAUACUCUACCAUUCAGUACCUCAAUAAUUCGAGAGCAAAUCGCGUCUUCAGUUCGUCAUCACCAAGUUACAUGAGAGUGAAACUUAGAAUUAUUUUACUAUCCGUGGUUACGUAUGGUUUAAGUACCUAUUUUUGGAGCCCUAAUGUAAAACAAGCUAAACAAAACAAGUUUUUCAGAUGGUCAUAGAAGUGUCAUUCAUUUGACUAUAGGAGAGGAUAAUGUAAAUUACGGUGAUCGAAUUCCUAGGGUUUGGAUUUAUAAACAAAAGUUGCACGUUGUUUUUACAAUAAGUGGUAAUAAAAAUGAAUAUUUUUAUUACGAGCCACUUUUACUGGACCAGUGGAUAGAAGUUCAAAUAGGUCAAGUUGUUUUUGGAAAGAGUUUUUUAUAUAUUAAUUAAUUUAAAAAAAGUAUACGAGUUAGAAAACAUAAACGCACAAGUAUUUACAGAUGUCAACGUAUACUCUGGAGAUUCAUGGUAUGAAAUCCAGGAUGGCCCCAUCGGAAACUUCAAUGUCUAUAAUUUCCCUGUUGGGGGCACAAAAGAAAUAUUAUUUUGUCAAUAAAGUCAAUAAAAGGGAAGAUAAUAUGCUUUUAGACUGCUCUACAGAUUCACCUUCUAUAUCUCAAGUUGACGAUUCCGCUGUUGAUUUUAAAAAUGAGGCAACUCACCAUGAAAAUGCUGACAAGUUUUUAAAUAACUUUAAUUUUUAAAUGAUCACGAUUUUUUCCAAAGUUUAGACGAUUUAAGUCAAGAUGAUGACCAAAACUCUAACUUGGAAAAUUCUAACUUAGAGCAGCUUUCAUUAAAAGACAAACUCAUUUUAUGGUAUAUACAGUAUAAUGUAUCAAAAAAUGCAUUUUCAGCGUUGUUAAAAAUUAUUGGUCCUGAUAAUAAUUUACCCAUUUGCGCUGCCACUUUACUUAGAAAGAUCAAAUGUUAUAAUAAAAAUUAUACAAAUCCACUAUUUUGGAAUUCAAGAUAAUAUAAAAAAUAGAAUUGAUGCUGGGCUAAAUGCUGAAUUGAUUCCUGAAGGAUCUCAGUAUCAAAAAUUAAAGCAGGAUGUUUAUGUUGACGGUGGAGAAACUCUUGUAUCGCUAGCAAUAAAUGUAGAUGGUGUUAAGCUUCAAAAUUCUACCAACAAAUCAAUGUGGCCUAUACUUUGUAGAGUAAAUGAAUCUCUAGAUCAAACUCCAUUUGUUGCAGUUGAAUUCAUAGAGGAAGAUGGCAGUGUGGAUUAUGUGUGCGAAUGUUGGCUAGUCGGAGAGACCCAAUGUUGGUGGCCCCCAUACAAAGGAACAAGAAUUAAUCGGGUGAGAACCAAGUGUGAAAUUCCCGGAGAUGAUUGGAGCUUGGUUGGCGUGCGAAUACUAGGAGAAGCAGUUGAUGAUGAAAAAACAGCAAAAACAAGGGCCAAACAGGCUGAAGACUCGUCUUCAUUUGAGGAAAAAGCACCAGAAAGUAGAAAAAAAUUCUUAACUUCUCGUUAUGAAUGUGGAUCGACUUCAGAAAAUCCAAAAGGACAAACAAAUAAAGCUAAUAAUUUAUUUAGUCCUAUGUCAUCAGCAAUGUCAAAUUCUAAUGAAAGUUCUUUGAGUUUUUCCAAAGUUACCUCUGAGUUUCCUUUUACAACAAAUAAAAUGUUGCCUCCAUUAAAACAUCUUGAUAGUUCUAAUUCAAGCUGUAAAUCCGCUACUGAACUAAUUUCUAAGCUACAUUCACAAGAAAAAUCCUGGGGUGCACAUCCUGUGAUAGAAGGUAAUCCAGUAAAAUGUGUUUCAACCAAUACCAAUAGUGAAAUCAAUGAUGUUAAACGCCGCCUAACAAGUAUUGAAUAUGAAAUUAAACAACUGAAAAAUAUUAUGAUGGAAGUAAAAGGUUUACUUCAAGAAAGAAAUACUCCCAUUUCAAAUCCAAUAACUUUCAAUGUUGUUUCGUCUCCGGAGGAAUUUGGAGUGUUGAUUGAUAGAUUAAAAGAUGUUGAGAUCAGAAAAGACUUUGUCCAAUGGCUUAGUUACUCCAACGCUGCAACUUAAGAAAAAUCUAUAAGUCGAAUGAUGUCGUCUCUAUUUACAUCUGAAAUGGCAAAAGAGACAAACAGAUCUGGCAAAAAUGGCAAAAUGGCCAUGAAUUUAAUUGAGGAUCUAGUGAAAGAAAGUGUAAGAAAAAAGCAUUGUAAUGCUGAAAAUCUGUUAAUUGAGCGUGCUUUGACUAGAUAUUUCAUAAACUCGAGAGACAUAGGUGGGCGUGCAAAUCAUGUUUGUUGAUUGUUUUCAUAUUAAAAUGUGUGACGAAAAAGCUGUUCUACUGUUGCAUCUUGUGUAUAUUGCACCCAAUGUCUACAUCAUUGUAAAAAAAUAUUUAAAGAAAGUAAGAAGAUACUAAAAAUCUUGGUAUUGAGCGAUUCAAGGCCAUAUACUUUUUUAAUUCAACCGACAAAUAAACCAAUUGUUGAAGUAUUAUGAGACCCAAAGCGAUUAACUUUAUUAAUUCAACCGACAAAAGAUGUUUUGUGUAUAAAUCUCAAAAGAACAAAUAAUAUUUUCAAUAUUUAUUUUUAAUGUAUUUGUUAAUAGCAAUUAUUUUAAAAUAAAUUCAUUUU